GUUUGCUAGUUAUACACCAAGCCAAGAAAUAGAAAUCCCAAAGUCAUCAUCUAGCAUAAAAACAGCAGUCGUGGAUACCCACGGUGAUUUAAUAGAGCCACCAGCGUCCGUGCCAAAGUGCCCCAAUACCACUCCGCCCUAUCAGAGGCUCACCAAGGCUCUGCAAUGCGAUCCAAGAUGCGGACACGAGGUAACUGUUGGCCGACGCAUUGGUCUCUACAGAUUUUGUGGCGAUAUCGGACGUGGCAACUUUUCCAAAGUCAAACUAGCUGUACAUCAGCUGACACGAGACAAAGUGGCCAUCAAAGUAGUUGACCGAGCUGGUUUGGAUGCCAAAGCAUUGCGUAUGCUUUCAAGUGAAAUUGCCACACUUGAAUGUGUUCAUCAUCCUAAUAUUUUAAGGCUUUUCGAGGUAGUGGAAACACUGGGUCGUGUCUAUCUAGUCACCGAAUGGAUACGUGGAGGUGAAUUAUACAAUCACAUCACCCAAGGUGGACCACUUCGAGAGAUACAUGCAGCGCCACUUUUCAAACAAUUGUUACAGGCUGUGAAACAUAUGCACAGUUUGGGUUUUGUUCAUCGUGACAUAAAGGCCGAGAAUGUUUUGCUGCUAUCAGAGGAUCGUCUGAAAUUAGCUGAUUUUGGCUUUAGCACACAAUUACUUAAUGGCCCCAAUCAAAAGCUUGACACCUUUUGUGGCUCGCCACCUUAUGCAGCGCCAGAAUUAUUUUCCGAUGAUCAUUACAUAGGAGCGCCUGUGGAUGUUUGGGCCUUGGGCAUUCUAUUGUAUUUUAUGGUAGUAGGAAAUAUGCCCUUUCGAGCACCCACAAUACCGGGUCUGAAAGCGGCCAUUCUCAAGGGUGACUAUCUAUUGCCGGGUCAGCUAAGUCUGCCAUGUAUAAGACUAAUACAACGCAUCUUAAUCCAUAUCCCAAUACGGAGACCCACCAUCGAUGAUAUGCUUAACAGUCAAUUUGUAACCCAUCCAAAACUUAGUGCCGAACUAAUGCAGCACGAAAUCAAUAUGCGCACCAAACCAGCCAAACGUUCUGGUUUUUGGGUGCGCUCCAAAUCUAGACGCAUGCGCAAACAGUACUCUCUGCGUGAACGUUAUAUGGAGUUGACCAAUAAACCGCCAAUAAACAUGAAUACCAAACGCACAGACGGCUUUUUUGUCGAUAAUUUCCUACAACCCAUAGAACUGGUGAAGGAUAUGCCGCUGGAGACCAUCAAGGAGCAAUCGCACAAUAACACCCCGAAAAGAUCAUUUUUGUGUGGCACCCUCAAAAAGAAGGUGGGACCCAUGGAGACCGAAAACGAAAGGCAUUUGAACAGCAAUGGCAGCGUGGGCAAUCCCAAAUUACAAUGGAACAAUGUAUUGGCGUCUGUACCGCCCGAAUGUCCCCUUUUCAAAAAUUAUGAUACAGAGACAGGGAAUUUCAUAAUGUUUCCCAGUGAAACGGAUGAUGUGUCAAAAUGGGCCCCUCUAGAAAUGGAGGCGCGUCAAAUCUUAGAUGAGUUGGGCAUAACCACGGAAAUGCUGAUGCAGGCCUCACAAAAUGCUCCACGUAGUGAUAUCAUAGGUGCCUAUCGCAUUGUGAUAAAUCGUUUGCAGAAGCAAUCUUGGCUGGCACGAAAACAUGUAGAGAUGGCCUUGCAAGAAAUGCCAAAGACAGAAAAGAAAAUUGAAAGAUCCUGUUGCAUACUCUAAGGCUGAGUCAAAGCAAAAAUGGAAUGAUUUUUUUAAUAUGUUAUAGUAUUAAUUAGUACCUUGGUCUAUGAAAUUUAAAUGGCUGAAAAAGAUGCAAUGCAAGGGCAUUAAAUUUUUGAACUGAGAAUAAAAUAUGUAAGGAUUUUGUUGCAUACCUUGAGGCUGCAUUUAACUGUAA